AUGCAGAAAGUUUGCCUCAGUUAUCGAUGUGCUGACAUGGACCGGGAAAUCCCUGCCCUUAUGGGCGUUUCAAAGGCUGUACUAGAAAAUGUAAUAUUUGUACACCAAGAUGAGGCCAACUGGCCAUUGCAGGAUCCUUCUACAUUGAAAAAAAAGUUCGAUGAUAUCUUUUCAGCAACUAGAUACACAAAGGCUUUGGAGGGUAUUAAAAAGCUUCACAAGGAUCAGGCUCAAGACAUAAAGAUGUACAAGUUGAAGUUGGAGAAUCUACAAACCUUGAAAGAUGCUGCAUACAAGGUCUUGUCUUUUCCCUUUGGUUUUUAA